CGCUGAUUGGUCGGCGCUGCGGGCGGGCGCACGCGCGGCCGUUGGAGGCCCCGGGCCGAGCCGCUCCCUCAGCGCCGGUACCGCCGGAACCGCCGCCACACCGGCACCGCCCGGGCACCGGCACCCACCCCCCCUCGCCGAUGCGCCGGGCCGCCGCCGGGCCCUGCGCGCCCGUGGGCUGAGGAACGAGGCGACACUGCGUCAGACCGCCGGCGCUGACGUCACGGGUCUGAGAGGGUGGAAAGGCUGUGAUGAAGAACCAGGGAGUGGAGACCAAAGCAGCUCCACGUCCUUCCAGAACAAGCAGCGGGAUGGGGCUGGAAGAGGGAGACUCACCUGAGGCUGCAGCUCCCCCAGAAGCUCCCCUGACUCAGGAGGAUCCCAAGCCCUCCCGGCCCUCGGUGCGCGAUGUCUCGGAGGAGCUGAGCCGGCAGCUGGAGGACAUCCUCAACACCUACUGUGUGGAUGCCAGCCAGGAGAGCCAGGGGGAGCCCCCCGAGCCUGGGGAGCCCCCCGAGGCUGAGGAGCCCGAGAAGGGCCGCAGUGAAUCCCCCAGGAACGGGGAGCAGGAGCCUGGAGGCCCCGAGAUGAACGGGGAGAAGGAGAACAGCAAAGGGAACGAGGAGUUCCGGCCCGGAGAGGAGGGAGGAGAGCGGGAUCAGAAGAAAGCUCAGGAGAAGAAGAAAGCCAAGGGUUUAGGCAAGGAGAUCACUUUGCUGAUGCAGACCCUGAACACCCUGAGCACGUCAGAGGAGAAACUGGCAGCACUCUGCAAGAAAUAUGCAGAGCUGCUGGAGGAGCACAGGAACUCCCAGAAGCAGAUGAAGAUCCUGCAGAAGAAGCAGAGCCAGCUGGUGCAGGAGAAGGAUCACCUGCAGAGCGAGCACAGCAAGGCCAUCCUGGCCCGCAGCAAGCUGGAGAGUCUGUGCCGGGAGCUGCAGAGGCACAACAGAACCCUCAAGGAGGAGGGUGUCCAGCGUGCCAGGGAGGAGGAGGAGAAGAGGAAGGAGGUGACCUCACACUUCCAGGUGACUCUGAAUGACAUCCAGCUGCAGAUGGAGCAGCACAACGAGAGGAACUCCAAACUGCGCCAGGAGAACAUGGAGCUGGCUGAGAGGCUCAAGAAGCUGAUUGAGCAGUAUGAGCUGAGGGAGGAGCACAUUGACAAGGUGUUCAAGCACAAGGAGCUGCAGCAGCAGCUGGUGGAUGCCAAACUGCAGCAGGCCCAGGAGAUGCUGAAGGAGGCAGAGGAGAGGCACCAGAGGGAGAAGGACUUUCUGCUGAAGGAAGCUGUGGAAUCCCAGAGGAUGUGUGAGCUGAUGAAGCAGCAGGAGACUCACCUCAAGCAGCAGCUGGCUCUGUACACAGAGAAGUUUGAGGAAUUCCAGAACACCCUUUCCAAAAGCAGUGAAGUGUUCACAACGUUUAAACAGGAGAUGGAGAAGAUGACCAAGAAAAUCAAGAAGCUGGAGAAGGAGACCACCAUGUACCGUUCCCGCUGGGAGAGCAGCAACAAGGCCCUGCUGGAGAUGGCAGAGGAGAAAACGCUGCGGGACAAGGAGCUGGAGGGGCUGCAGCUGAAGAUCCAGCGGCUGGAGAAGCUGUGCCGGGCGCUGCAGACGGAGCGCAACGACCUCAACAAGAAAGUGCAGGACCUGUGCGCCCACACGGAGCUGCUGGAGCCUCUGAAGGAGCCGCCCCGCCACAGCUCCGAGGCUGCUCCGGAUCCCCCGAGCUCGGGAAAGGCCCCGCAGAGCCCGGAUCCCGCGGGGAGCGCGGCGGAACUGAGCACGGCAGGGGCGGGGACUGACUGAGCCCCGGGCACAGGGAGGGCGUGACCCGGGAGCUGCUCUGGAUUCCUCGCAGGUGGGAAAGGACAGCAGCCCUCCCGGGGAUGGCAGGUUUCCUAGGUUAGGGUUUUUUGGAGGGUUUUUUUAAGGUUUUAUAUAUAUAUACAUAUAUAUAUAUAUAUAGGAGAUAUAUGGAAAUGUGCAGGGCAACUCUUGGUGGAUAUCCAUGAGAAGCAGAAGGGCCCAGCCAGCUCCCUGCCUGUGUGAAAAUUGAAAUUAUGGAGCCUCAGCUGCUCGUCCCUCUGACUGAAGGACCUUCACUGGCAGGCUCAGGAGAGGCACAGGGACAAGGGAUGCUCCUCCACCCUCACAACGACUCCACCCUGGACUGAAAGCAGAGCUGGGAGGAUUCCAGAGCAUUCCCAGCACUGGCUUCUCCCUCUUCCCUCUGCCAGGCAGGAGGGAGCUCCUGGACUGGCUCUUGCUGGCAGCUCGUGUGUGAGCUGAGGGCACAAGAGGCUGCUCCCCUCCUCCCCGUGGGAUCUGUGUCUGCAAUGGGCACAAGGAGAAGCAGGAAAGGGGGUGCCUGCUCCCACCCCCGGGAAUUUUUUGCUCUUCCCAGGCCCUGCCAAUGUCUCAAAACCGCCUUACGAUUCACAGUUGCCUCUUUGCUGAACGCACACGUGCACAAAGUGUAUUAAACAGUUAAUCCAAAGGUCUAAUUCCCAAGUGUUUUUGCAUCGUUGUGCACAGGGAUUGGGGAGGUGCCCCCGAGCCCCUCUGCCCAGCCCCGGAGGCACCCAGGGAGCCGGGAGCGAGGAGGAUCAGCCCUCAGGGCUGUGUGUGCUCCAGGAGCUGCGGGAUCGCCGGGAUCGGCUCCGGGCUGCUCCUUCCUGCCUGGGCGUGCCUGUGCUGGCCCAGCCCCUCUGCUGCUUCCCCUCUCUGCUCGGGAGGAAUCUCCCCAGUGCUGCCUCAGCCUGGAUGUGCUGAGAGGGAGUUUAGGGACAGACGUGGGACCUGCUGGCACCGGGUUUUGGGAUUUUCCAAGUGUCUCAAGACUUUGUCAUUUCGCUGUUGUUUUGGAAAGCUCGACUCGCUUCAAACCUCGCUGCAGCUUCUGUUUGUGACAGACUUUAUUCCCAGCAUUGCCUUCCUUGUGCUGGAAGCUGGAGACGUUCCCCGCCGUGGAUGUAUCCAGUGGAUCCGUUUGGGAUUCUCUUCUGGCACCACAGCUGCUCUCACAUCCUCUCUCCAUGAAGGACCUGCCUCCUCCGUGUCCCCUGUUCCUCCAGGGGAAUCCAGAUCUGAGGAACGCAGCAGGGACAGGCUCCGAGGCUGCACAGAGCCGUGGCUGGACAUGACUGGGACAAUCCCUGGAGCUGAGGUGGCUUUGUCUUCCAGCCCCUUGCUGUCAGCGCGGUUCCUCCGGGAUGAUCCGUGAAUGUAGGCACCGCCCCGUUCCCGCCCCGGCAGCCGGGCUGGGCGAGGGCUGCUGCCGGGAUCUGGACUUCAGCAAAAGGAAAACCCCUUAGAAAUUCACCAACCCCCCUUUUUUUUCCCGUCUUUUCCCUGUUACGGUACAGAAACCCCCGCGGGGGCUGUCGUGUGUAUCCUGUAUCCAAUAGAAACACUCCCGACCUCGCUGCU